CUGUAACCACUGGUCAGCUGCAGGUCGCUGUAGAAGCCUAUUUGACGUUAGGUUAGUUCUCGUCUCUUCUUUUCAGCUGGACCCACAGGCCAGGGGAGACAGAGUCCUCUGCUCCACAGACCCUUCGUUUGUGAUGGUUCCAGGACUGAGCCGCGAGAGCAGAGCUAAAACAAACAGCUGUGGCUGUAAGAGCCGGCGGAACGGAGAGAGGGCGAAUCCUGUCACCAGCACCCUCCUCCCUCACACAGAGCCCUGACUCGUCCCUCGUCUGAUCCCUGGGAAACCUCUUCUCCACUUUAUCUGGCUCCCAGGCUCCACGGGGGCUUUCGGGAUGAGGCGGAUCAGGGCUAAUGCCAUUGCAAUCCUGACUGUAGCCUGGAUCCUGGGCACUUUCUAUUACUUAUGGCAGGACAACAAGCCUCAUUCAGCAGCCUCCAGCAGAUCCCCUAGCAGCAGCGGCAGGAAUGGGCAGAGAUCAGCUGCGAGGCUGGAGAGCCACAGGGAAGAUGGGACCAUCCCCCUCAUUGUGACCAGAGUCCCACAAGCAGAGAAGAGCAGCCUGAGGGGUUUGGAUGAAAAGGCUUACCUGUCCUCCAAGCUGCUGAAGGCCGGAGAAGACCCAUACCGACAACAUGCUUUUAACCAGAUGGAGAGUGACAAACUCAGCAGUGACCGGCCCAUUCGGGACACCAGGCAUUACAGAUGUGCCUCUGUGCACUAUGAUGCAGACCUGCCAGCAACCAGCAUCAUCAUCACCUUUCACAAUGAGGCUCGCUCUACCCUGCUCCGCACAGUGAAGAGUGUUAUGAACCGCACCCCGGCCAAUCUCAUUCAGGAGAUCAUUUUAGUGGAUGACUUCAGCUCAGAUCCUGAGGACUGCCAGCUCCUUACCAAGAUCCCAAAGAUCAAGUGUCUACGCAACAGCCGGCGAGAAGGGCUGAUUCGCUCUCGAGUGCGAGGGGCCGAGGUGGCGACGGCUGAGAUUCUCACCUUCCUGGAUAGUCACUGUGAGGUGAACAGCGAGUGGCUACAGCCAAUGCUUCAGAGAGUGAAAGAGGAUUAUACCCGAGUGGUGAGUCCAAUCAUCGAUGUGAUCAGCCUGGAUAAUUUUGCCUACCUGGCAGCCUCAGCCGAUCUGAGGGGAGGGUUUGACUGGAGCCUUCACUUUAAGUGGGAGCAGAUCCCUAUAGAGCAGAAGAUGUCCAGAACGGACCCAACCCAGUCCAUAAGAACACCUGUCAUAGCGGGAGGCAUCUUUGUGAUCGAUAAGUCCUGGUUUAACCAUCUGGGAAAAUAUGACACUCAGAUGGACAUCUGGGGAGGAGAGAAUUUUGAGCUCUCCUUCCGAGUGUGGAUGUGUGGUGGCAGCUUGGAGAUUGUUCCCUGCAGUCGAGUCGGCCAUGUGUUCAGGAAACGCCACCCCUAUGACUUUCCAGAGGGCAAUGCACUGACCUAUAUCAAGAACACCAAACGCACAGCAGAGGUGUGGAUGGAUGAGUACAAACAGUACUACUAUGAGGCCCGGCCAUCUGCCAUCGGGAAGUCAUUUGGAAGUAUUGCAGACCGCAUGGAGCAACGCAGGAAACUAAACUGUAAAUCCUUCCAGUGGUACCUGGAGAAUGUCUACCCAGAGCUCAAGGUUCCUGAAAAGGAGCUGGUUCCUGGGAUUAUCAGACAAGGAGGACAUUGCCUGGAGUCUUGGGGCCAGGACACAGCAGGAAAUUCUGUGGCUGGUGUGGGAGGCUGCAAAGGGACAGUGAGCAAUCCCCCUGUCAGCCAGGAGUGGGUCUUCAGUGACCCUUUAAUUAGACAGCAAGACAAGUGUCUCUCCAUCACCUCCUUCUCCACCGGAUCUCAGAUCACACUGGAAGCGUGCAAUCAGAAAGACGGCAGACAGAAAUGGAAGAUGAAAGGCAGUUUCAUUCAGCACUUCGUCAGCGGCCUUUGCCUGGAAAACCAGUCCAGCAGGGUGGUGACCAACCCAUGCCAAUCGGAUAUACCCGGCCAACAGUGGGAGCUGCUACAAGCCACAUGAUGGUAGCCUGGAAACCUCUCUCUUUCUUUUUGCAUGAGACUUUGGGAAUGGAAGGGGUUAGGGUGGGGAGUAAAGGUUUAUUAUUUCUAACCCUAAUGUUUCGAUUGUGAUCAUCAGCAAGACACCAUUUCAGCUGAACAUUCACUGCUUUUGAACUUUUAAGGAAGAAGUUAGGGGAGGGCUGAUAAGAAGUGGCACUGAAAUUGAUCCAUCUGUUUCUUCUUCACGGUGACUGACAUCCUCAUACACCAGCAAUCAAAGGUAGGAGAGGGCACAACCCAAUAGCUGAAUAGAGCUCGGAGCAACAAGUACUGAGUAACAGCUCUCUCCUUUCUUUGCAUUGAAAUUUAUGAUCUUCAGUCCUGUGGAUUCCACGUAACCAGUGGUCUUGACAACACUUCUACAAACUCUUGGUGGCUCCACUGACUUUCCUCUGUAACAUCUUGUGUUAUUUGUGUUUGUGGUCUCAAACUGCUGCAAUGAGGUUGCUUUGUGGGAAAUGCAACAUAACUAAUGCAUGGAUUGGGAGAUGGGCAGUGGAUCUGAGGGGCAGGGACUGUGUUGGGACAGGGCCUAGCACACUGGGGCAUUGUUCUUGGUUGGUCGACACUGCCAUUGUACACAUAAUUUGUAGUAUGGAUGGAGAAUGGGCAGAGGAGGGGUAAUGGAUGCUGGGGGGGAGGGGGAAGGUUUGUAUUUGUGCAGUGUUCCACUGGAUCAUGUCAAUGUCAUUCCUUCCAGAGUUUCUUUGUACAGUUUCCCAUUUCCUAUGGGAAAUAGCCAUGAUGGUCAGGAAGGCUUCUGUAGUGAGAUCUUAGAGAGGCCAAAUACCAUUGCCGUAGGUGGUAAUCCAAACCCAACUCUCAUUAACCGGUCAGAUUGGUGGGCUUCAUAUGACUGAAUCCUAGGAUAGGAUGCAAGCUUAUUAUGAAAUGCUAGUAUCUGUAUAACAGCCCCUGCUCUUGUACCCUACACCCAGGGAACUGAAGAAAUAGCCAGGCUUUAGUUUGUGCAUUUCCUUCCUCCCCUAGUUACUCUGCUAUGAGUUGACCUGACAUUCAGAAAAUGACUGGCUAAAUUCUGGGAUAUAGGAGGUUGCUGGAGGUUACUCUGAGACUGUUAGACAUCCUCAGCUGGGAUGCACUAACACAGAGAGAGUGCAAUCCCCUUGGUAAUUACCGUGUUCUAACUGGGGGUUAUGCCAAAGGAGCGCAGUGA